AUGCAGUUUGGCCUGCUUUACGAAUGCCAGCGCCCGUACGAGGGCACCGAAAUUGACUGGAACGCGCUGUACAAGGAAACACUCGAGCAGUGUGAACUCGCCGACCAGAUUGGUUUCAACAACCUAUGGUUCGUCGAACACCACUUCCUUACCGGCUUCUCCGGCUCGCCCGCCCAGGAUGCGAUCUUCGGCGCACUUAGCCAAAUUACCAAGCAGAUUCGCAUCGGCUACGGCGUCUGCAUCCUCCCCUACCACCAUCCGGUGCGCGUCGCCGAGCGGGUCGCGUUGCUCGACCAUCUCACCGACGGACGCAUCGAACUCGGCACCGGCCGCUCCAACGCCUACGAACAGACCGGUCUCGGUAUUGACCCGCGCGAAACUCGCAGCCUGUGGGCCGAGUCUCUCAGCAUGAUACCCAAAAUCUGGACUUCUGAUGAGUACGAGUACGAGGGCGAGCACUGGAGUGUUCCCAAGCGCCGCGUCCUUCCCAAGCCGCUCCAGAAGCCUCACCCGCGCAUGUACCUCGCCUGCACCUCCGAAGACAGCUUCCGCCUGGCCGCCCAGAAGGGUAUCGGCGUGCUGUCGUCCGCUUCCUACGCUGUGGAAGUCCUGAAAGAGAAGGUGCAGAUUUACCGCGACUCACUCAAAGACUGUGAGCCGGUGGGCGAAUUCAUCACCGAGUUCUGGGGCAACAACGUUCAUGCCUUCUGCGACGACGAUGACCAGUACGCCAAAGAGCUGGCCGCCGAGUCGAUGAAGACCUUCUUCGGUCCCGACAAGCCUUACAUCGCUGGCCGCAUCGGCGCCUACGAAGAGUUGCUGGAAGCCUGGGGCGGCGUGCCCGACCACCUGCAGGCGGACUUCGGUCGCUGGCUCCGCCAGUCUGACGACGAACACAAGCAAUUGGCCGCCGAAGUUGGUCUCUCUCUGGACGCCGGCCCGGGCGCCGCUCGAGCCGCAAUCGCCCAGCUGGACGGCAACACCCUGUCCGACCGCGGCGUCAUCAUCGCCGGCAACCCCGAGUCCUGCAUCAAGACCUGCCAGAUGUACGAAGACAUCGGCGUCGACCAGGUCAUGCUUAUCAUGCAAACCGAAACCAUCCCCCACGACAAGGUGAUGGCCUCCAUCGAAAAGUUCGGGCGGGAAGUAAUCCCCGCGUUCCAGGGCAACGGUUCCAAGAAGUAA